AUGAAUUUAACUCCAACAUCCCAAGCAAUCUUUUAAUCCUUUUUUAUUUAAAAGAGUAAAUUUCAAUCUUCAAGCCAAGCUCAAAAUAAGUCCUCAUUGUCAAAUAAAUUAGGUUUCAGCAAAACUAAAUAGUUCUAUGAAAGACCAAGCAGCACUAUGAUAUAAUAAAUUGGCAGUGUAGAUUAUUCAUAAAUUGGAUUAUAUAGAACUAGAAAAAUCUCUUUAAAUGAAUCUCAAUUAACAGUUAGAGGAAUCAGGAGACCAUGUAAAUUUUCAUCAAGCAUUGAAUAAACUCAAUAGGUUCCAAAGAUCUCUCAAUACUAAAAAAGAAAAACUAGAUGGAUUCAGAUAACAGAUAGACAAGCGUCACCAUUUACAAGAAUCAAUAGUCCCGAACAAGAAAAAGAGAUUAAAAAUAUAAAAAGAUUCAAGCUUCAAUUAUUAAGUAGAGAUAACAAAUAUCCAAAUUUUUAAUUAAAUUUUUUGAAGAACAAACUUUAAAAUUAGGAUGGGGUUGAUGAAUAUUUUAAUGAUAACAUUUUUCAUAAAUAAAAAAAUAAUCCUGAAUUAAGUGAUUAAAUAAGAAUUAUUAUAACAAGAGAAGAACAGACAUUAGAACCUCUUGACAUGAGUAGGAUAGAAAAAAUUAAAAAUUAUCAUUGA